CAGAGGGCAGCAGAUCUCACAGCGAGCGGUUGUCGCAAAAACUUCUCACCGUUGCUAAGCAACACAGACAGCGAGCGCACAAGCGUUUGCUUUGCUUGCUGAAGGAGCUAACCGCACUUUUGUGAGAAUAUCAUCGACACAGUCUAUGCUCAGAUAAAGGAUGGCAAGUCAGAGACCGUCCUCCGGAAGACCCGUGAACCUCGGGACUUCAGGACCUGGAUCUGGAAGACCUCCAACAGCCAGCCGACCUCCACAAACAUCCAUCAGACUCAGCACUGGCAUGGUCCCGGGCACCGGGAGACCUGGAACCCGAAGUGGACCCCUGGCUGCUGGUGUUUUAUCAGCCCAGAUUAAAGUGGCUGAUCGUCCUGUGACUCAGCAGGGUCUCAGUGGCAUGAAGACAGCAAUGAGAGGACCUCAGAGACAGAUCCUGGAUAAAUCAUAUUACCUUGGUUUACUACGGAGUAAAGUUAAUGAAUUGUCAACAGAGUCCAGCAAAUUACAGAAGGACAUUGACACCUUUAAUCAGGAGAAUUCAGUUUAUCUUUCUUAUGAGAAAAGAGCAGAAGGUCUUGCCGGAGAAAUAAAAGACUUUCAGGGACAGCUGGCCGAUUACAACAUGCUGGUCGACAAGCUGAACACAAACACUGAGAUGGAUGAAGUGGUAAAUGACAUCAUCAUGCUAAAAGCUCAGAAUGAUCGAGAGGCUGAAGGUAUGGACGUCAUAUUCACGGAGAGAAGACAGAAAGAAGAUAUGAUCCGAGCUGUGGAAAACAACAUAGUCCAAGAGAAACAAGCAGCAGAAGACAUUAUUCAAAAGAUGUCUACUGAUAAACAGGCCAAGUAUGCUGAAAUGAAAGCCACAAAUGAAGAGCUACUGCAGGAGCUGGAUGCUCGGCAAGAGGAACUGGAUGCUUUGAUUAGCAGGAAGGAGACGUUUGAGACGGAUUUGCUUCACUCACAGGUCAAACAGGAAGCAGUCAUGCUGCACGAGAAGUUGUUGGAGCUGGAGAACCGCAGAGAAGCCAUGAUGGCUGAAGACAGGACCAUGGGCUCCCCUCAAGAGGAGAGAGAACGCCUUUUUAAACAAGUAAAAGAAAACAACCAGGAAAUAGCCAGCAUGGAACGCCAAUUAACAGAUGUUCGGGAAAAAAUCAGUCAUCUUACUGAAGAGAUGCGGCAACUCAAUGCUGACAUGGAGGAUCAUCAAGGGGAACGAACACAGAAGUACAGAGAGCUUCAGAAGAAAGAGGAAGAAAUUGACUUGUAUCUAAAUACAUUUGAAGAGAACACAUCCCUUGAGCUCCAGCACAUCAGAGACGCACAGAGCAGCAUUGUGGCUUUACUUGAACACUCAAGCAGGAACAUCAAUCGUCUGCAGCAGCUAUCUGCAGUCACCGCACAAGAGCUCAAGUCCAUGCAGGAUGAUCUAAGCUUCAAAGAGACCGAAAUGCAAAAGUCUCAGAGCACAGCCAAAGGCCUUUCCUCAGAGAGUGAACGUCUACAGCAGGACCUGCUGAAGGUGGAGCAGUUAGAAGGAAAAGUCACGACGGAGCUCCAGUCUCUAACAGAUCAACUCAAACUAAUGUCACAUGAGUUGAACACGUACAGAGAUUUAGAUGCUCUUAAAGCUGCCGGGGAGGACAGGAAGAAGAGACUGCAGGAUGAUCGAGUUGCGCUUAUUCAGAUGAAGGACACCUUUAAGAAGAAGAUACACAGCAUGAAUGAAGAGUUUGAAUGCUUUAGGAGUCAAUUACAAGAGCAUGAGACUCAUGUAGAGAAUAGGGUGAAUAAUUCGAUCACUGGUGUCCAUGUCAAGUAGUCAAUGACUAAAUCCUGCUGAAAUCAGUGAGCUUAUUCAUUUCAUUUUAAAGUGCACCCAUUACAUUGCUAAAAACAUCGUUAUUUUGUGUGUAUUUACAAUGUGUAUAAUACAAUGUGUUUGCGUUGUCUAUGGUUCAAAAAACACAUUGUUUUCCACAUACCGUACGUUUUUGUAGCUCCAGAUAUCCCUGCUUUCCUCAAACGCUCUGAUUUUGUACAAAACUCAUCGAUUUGAAAAGCUCUGUGUCCCUGAUUGGCCAGGUAAUCUGUACAUUGUGAUUGGUCUGAAUACCUCUGACAUCAGCCAAAAAUGUGAUGCUCCUUACCAUGUUUGAAAGAUUCGCUCACAAUGCAAUGCUAUGCAAACAUGACACAAAAAGAGGCAAUAGAUUUGUCAAACGUUACCUCAACAUGGAUGUUCCCAGUGUGUCUGUUAGUUUUCAGAUGUGU